AUGGAUGAACAGCAGCCUAGACGGCAUCAACUGUUGUCGGUGGAGACAAUUGAUGCGUAUGUGAAGGAACUGCUCUCUAGUCGCCACCACUCACCGCAAGGACCUCCACUCACCGUAGAGUAUAUACUUAACAAGAUCUACACACGGUUUUAUAAUAAUGCCGGUCAAUCCCCAUUUCCGGAUGGAUUGCCCUUCGCGAUUAAACAAAUCCCAUCGCUCGCCUCUGUGGCGGUUCUUCAAUCUCGACUCACCGCAUUUAUUCAAAGUGCCGUGGCCACUCGUCCAGUCGUGACGAUAUAUGAAUUGGAAUGUGAAAUCUGUUUAGCAGAACAUGUGGCUUCUUAUGUGGAACUUGGACUUGGAAACUCGUUGACUGCCUUACCGGUAGUUCAACAGGCUUUUAAUAUUCAUUCCAAUGUGAAGAUUGCGCCUGUGAAGAGUAUUGAUUUUAUGCAGUUUUUACUCUUCGACCCACAUGCGCAGAGUUUAUUGGCCAGUGGAGGAGAUGCCAGUGAUGCCGUUCGCUCCUUUGCUCGACGGUAUAAAGAUGGGAUCUACACAACGAUGCGAUUGGGAAUUCACAUUCAACACUUCCCAUGGCUCCUGCAGUUUGUACGGCAGGAAGUGGGAAGAAUGUCCGCCUUCUUUUCACAAUUGCAGAAAACAAAUACACAGACAUUUGAACGAUAUGGAGAGUUUAUUCAACGUACCUCUCUUUCUAUAUUUUCUGCUUGUAUGUUGAAGAAGUCUGAAGUGGGAGAGGAAUUAUUACCAUCAUUAUCAUCAUUAUCUUCUCAGCGAAUACCAUUUAUGGUACGGGCCUCAACGGAAGAAGCGGAGGAAAAAUUAGAUUUUAUUCCAUCUUCUUUAUGGAGUUCUUAUGAUGAUGGGCCGAGUGGGGGAUUAUGUUUAUAUGGCACUCUACACAGUAAGAAAGGGGAUUCUCCAUGUGAUGAUGGAAAGACUACAUCUAUUCAUUCAACUGUAGUAGUAGUAAAGGAGGAGAAUAAGAAGAAGGAGGAGAAUACAGUGAGUUCUUCAUUUUCUUCUACUUCUGCUAUUCAUGAUAUUUCACUCGGGUCAGUUAUCCCAACAACAAUAAACACAAUAACAUCAAUGCCAACAGCAUUACCGCCGGCUAUUGGAAUGCCAAACAUGAUGGUAAUGGAUCGUAGUGUACAUGCGAGAAAACGUAGACGUGGAACCAUAGUGGGUGAACCAACAGAAAUCAUAAUAGAUGAACCAUCUACACUUGUGGUCCAACAACAACAGAAACCACAAGAGGAGAUGAUAAAUCAGGCAUGCAAAGAUACAGUAGAAUCAUCAUCAUCAUCAUCUAUGGUGUUAUCAAGUUGUAUAAAUUCAAUUCCAUUUGAAAAUAUUUUAUCCAUUAUACGUUGUUUAGCUGUUAUGUAUACAGCGGAUGAUAUCUCUUGCCGUGCAAUGUGUGAUAAUUUUUCCAGAUUUAAGGAAUCUGCAUUGCAGUUAUUACCACAGUUAAGAAGGAAUAGUGAAAUACUGCAGCCUAAUGGAACUAUGAAGAGUUCAAAAGAUUUAUUUUCUAUGGAUUUGGGAACUCUUUUGAAUCUUUUCUCUCAUAAAGAGGCACCUACACAGUUGUAUGCCUUUUACUCUAUCCUUGCAAAUAACUCCGAUGAUAAUAAUAAUAAUAAUGAUAAGAAGAAGAACUGUAAUAACAGUACCAAUAUUAAUACUACUACUAUUAGUAAUAUUAAUAAUAGUAAUAAUAUUGAAUCUCAUACUUCUACUCCUAGUCGUUUACUACUUCAGUGUAUAGAUUUGGGAAUGUCAGAUUUAUUGUUUUUACCUCUUGUAGGAACAAAAUCAUUAUUACCAUUAUCCGCUAUAAAAGGAGGACUGCGUGGACGUGUUCUCUUAACCGGUUCCAAUAACUGUGAAGAUUUACUUAAAUUUCAUCCAUUACAUUUUAUUCUGGAUCCCAACAAAUCCAUGGAAAAAGGGGAUUCUUUAAUAAUGAUAGAUGGUACGAAACUCUUCUCUGGUAUAUAUGGAUCAAUACUUCAUAAACAGAAAGAGGAAGAGGAGGAUAAACGUUUGGUAUUAAAUGCUCUUGAAAGUAACGGUGUAUUAUUGCAAGUUUCAGAAGAUUGGUUUGUCGAUGGUUUUCUUUUACAACUAGUGAAAGAUCAGCUUCAACAGUAUUCUAACAAUAAAGCCCCAACAACAACAACAACAACAGGAUUAUUAAUGGAAUCCACAACCAUAAGAGAAAGAGAAAGAGAAAGAAGAAGAGGUAUGAGUAAUAAUAGUGUAGAUGAAUGCCGUAUGGCUCUUCGUAUGCUUCUUCUUUACUGGUGGCUUUUAGCUGUAUGGUGUGAGUCCACAGAAACGAAAAUAUCUACAGGAAUAGAAAUGAUAAUAAAGAGUUUACAUAAUAUCGCAUGGAUACCGUGUUUAUCACGUCAUCAUGGGAAUGAUAUGAGUAAUACUUCUCUCUAUGUAAUGCGUUGGGCAUCCCCAUCUGAACUCUUUCCGGCUUCCAUUGAGUAUUUUACACAUAAUGGACUAAACAAGUUAUUAUUAUUUGCCCCUUCUUGUAUGGAUGAGAUGUUGUUAUUACUGGAACAGGAUAAAGAUUUCCCUCAACGUACAUCUAUACAAUUAUUUCUACAGGAAUGGAUACCUACCAUACAAAAGUGUAUGAAUAAUGUUCAUAAGGAAUCGCUCGCAUCUCUUAUGGGAAUGCCGGUAAAAUGUGAUGCUUUUGUAGCCCUUCGUAUUCUUCGUACACUUAAGAUUGGAAGUUGUGUUUCUGUUUCUGCCUUGCGGUGUUUAUUACGUACUAUUGCCGAUAAUAAUAAUAAUACUACUACUACUAAUAGUGAGAUAACAACAGGAAUGGAUAUACUUUUGGAAAUGAGGAAAGAACCCAUAUUUCCACUACCAGAAGAUCGUUUAAAAAUGAUUUCAAGUGGGGAAUUUAUUGUGCGUGAGUUGGCUACCUUUGAAUCUGUUUAUUGGAAAUCCAUACAUAAUAUUCAGAAUUGUAUGCAUAAUAACAAUACUGUAUACGAUAGUGAAUAUGUAAAGAUGGAACACAAGAAGGAGGCUUAUAUAUUUGAUCGAUCUAUUGACUUUAUUGGAAAUGAUCUUUUUAUAUUUACUGUAAAUCAAUUGGGUGUUUCUCCUGUUCCAACCGUAAAAACAUGGAUAGCCGCCGCACAUGCCUGCAGAAGACGCCUUGCAGCUCCAUCAGAAGAAAUGAAUACUUCAUUAACGGCAUUAUUUCUCCGUUCGUUUGUUCGUUCUUGCAUUCUACAAUAUACUCAUCUCAUUGAGAAGUGUGAGUCAUCCAUAUUCUCUGAGAAUAAUAAUAAUAAUAAUAAUACUAAUAAUAAUAAUAAUAAUAAUAAUAAUAAUAAUAAUAAUAUCGCACAAGAGGCAUUACAGAAAAUGGUAGAUCUCGUCCCUUUGAAUAGUUGUAAGGAAUAUAUAUUUCCUCUUGCUGGACGUUGGCGACGUGCCGCUGACGGUUUGUUCUUCUGUGGUUCACACUAUUGUAAUUUGAGUGGAUUUGCCUUACAAGCAUCCGAAACAGAGAGGGCCCCCGCAUUGCCUGUUCUCCUAUUUACACAUGAAGAAGAACAAGAAGAAGGACAAGGAGAGGAAGGACCACAUUAUGUGGUAUCUGCUAUUUUACGCAAAAUGGGAUUAUUAGCGUUAGAGGAUUGUACAGAAAAGAUUGUUACCUUUAGUUCUAUGAAUGCGGCGAAGAGUGCAGAGUUUCAUCAAAAAAUUGGAGAAUGUGCCCCACGUGUACAAGAGUUUCUUCGCACACAUUAUCCACAUUACUAUUCAAUUGUACAACCACACAUACGAAAAUCUCUAGAGCAUGCUAGUACUGUAUUAGCAAAGGAUCCAAUCUUACGAGAGGUAUUACGAUAUGAGGGAUAUGAAUAUCAAAUGACCCGUCCACUACGAUGCUGUUAUGUACGUCAACAUAAUUGUCUUUAUGGAGUAAGUGAAGACUUUGCUCCUUAUAUUGGGGCAGAUGCUAUUGCGGCUUUAUUUUUACCAUUAGCGGAUUAUAAAGUACGACAGGGAGUCACUCGUGCCUUACAAGAAUGGUUACGUUGUGCAGAUCUUUAUUUUGAUGAAAUACCUCCACCCUCCAUCAUCACAGGAAAUUUGGAAGGGACAAAGUCAACGGAGAUAAAACCAUCAUCAUACUCCUCAUGUGAUGAUGAAAUUUGGCAACUUUCAGCGGCUCCGGCUGAACGUUUCCGUGAACAUUUCCCUCCUGGCAAAGAUGGAUUUGGCAAUUAUGGACGGUCUAUGGUUUCUACAGUUUCUUCUUCUUCCUCUUCUUCUUAUACUUAUGGUUCUCCCACUUUGGCUGGUAUUUCACAGGAAAGUGAAUCCCACAAACAGCGAGUAAAGGUAUUACUGUGGGGUCAACACAGUGGCCGCAUGAUUCGAUCUCUCCCACAGUGGAAGUGUGAUGCCCUGGACUCCGCUCACGAUAUUCUACGCCGUCUUCGCAGGGAUGCCGAGCAAACAGAAAAUGACUCGGAUGAUGAUAUCCACAUCAAUUCUUCCUUAUCAUUACAUCCCCGUAAACGUGUACGCCGUGGUGGACGACCGCAGAGUUGUGCAGGGGCGAUGAUUGCACAUGAACAUCGUGACACCGCCGAUUACGCCACGGCCGCUGAACGAUUUGUUGCGGAGAAAUUACGCGCAGAGGCCCCACCGGGAGUGGAGGUGGUGUGGGUGAAUGAACACGAGGAACAUGGAACUCCAUAUGAUAUAUUGUUAGUUCGUCAAACUGGUGGAGAUCAACAGGCUUUUCAUAGGAGAGGACAUGCUAACAAUACAACAUCCGCAUCCACAACAGAGAUUUUGGGUUAUGUGGAGGUGAAAAGUACAUGUAGUAAUACACGACGGGAUUUUGAACUUUCAUUGCGUGAACUUCUCUUUGCCGCACGGUUUGGAAGUGCUUAUAAAAUAUAUCGUGUUUUCUGCGCAUCCACGAAUGCACUGCGGCGAAUGCGUGUGGAGGUGUUGGAGGAUGUUGUGAAGAUGUGGCAGACUGGGGCGUUAACUAUGACAGGCGAUGUGAAGGUCAUGUUUGCACCUGGAGUCUAA